GUGUAGAGCUGCUGCCUAGUAUAAAUUUCUUGAAUAGAGGGAGAUCUUGAAUUACAGCAAAUGGCUGAGAUCGACUUUCAGGCAGGUGAGCUGGACGGCGUGGAGGGGGGAUCUGGGGUAGGCAGCCACGACGAACAUGCGGACGCCAACGCGGAGCUGGAGGCAAUGAAGGCACGUCUAGCGCAGAUGGAGGCAGAGGCCAAUAAGCUCCGCGAACAGCAGGGCAAGGGCGAAGAUUCUACCCUUGGCCGCACUGAUGGCGCAGAUGCAGCCUUGCGGGAGGAUGCGGACAACAGGUCGGUGUAUGUGGGCCAGGUGGACUACGCAUGUACACCUGAGGAGCUGCAGAUGCACUUCCAGUCCUGUGGAACCGUCAACCGAGUCACCAUCCUGACUGACAAGUUUGGCAAUCCGAAGGGGUAUGCCUACAUUGAGUUCCUGGAGACGGACGCUGUGGCAAACGCGCUGCUGUUGGACAGCAGCGAGCUGCGUGGGCGCGAGUUGAAGGUGCUCCCAAAGCGCACCAAUGUGCCGGGCCUCAAGGUGCGGGGGCGCGGCAGAGGUGGCUUCCGCGGCGGGUUCCGGGGCGGGUUCCGAGGCCGCGGCGGAGGCGGCUACUAUGCUGGUGGUGGCGGUGGAGGUUACGGGUAUGCACCCCGCGGGCGCAGAGGGCGGUUCUACAGUCCGUACUAAAUCAAGACCGCAUGACAAACAACUGUGGGGUACAUCCUGAGCUGUGGACCAUGUGUCGAGACGGAAAGCAGUACAGACAUGUGUUUCAUACAAGGCGUCAAACAAGAUCUUGGCUGCAUGCAACCAUUCGUCUAGAGUCUACUUAAAUUAAGGAUAGCCUUGUUGGUGAUCCCUUUUCACACGUGCUUUUCUUCCAAGGUCUGUCUACCUGCAAAACAGUUGGGAGAGGGGCAGCUCGCCUCCGUGCGCCUGCAAGUGAUAAUACAUGCUCGCUUGUAGCCAUUACAGAGUAAGUUGGGCUCUGUUGUGGCCAUGGUGUGACCAGGGUGAUGAGGUCGCCUUGCAUUAAGGUCACACUUGACAGCUGUCAAGCCGUGUAGGGCGACCGUGGAAGGCUUCCACCUGAUGUCAUUUGAGCUUGCUGCUGUCGCGCAAAUGGAUCCGGCAUGAGACAAACGAUGUAUCUGCGACCUACAGAUGCGGCUUGUGACAAAAGUCAAUCUGGAGCAGUCAAUAAUUUUCUGCGAGCCUGUAAUGGAUGAUGAAUAGCC